CCUCAGUCUUCAACACCUUCUCCAAGACAAGUCUAACCAACGCCACGUGUUCUUGAAGUCGCCGUGGGACUGACAACUUUGAGCUUGCUGGCACACCUGCCUGCGACAAACAGAUCUUGCAUACCUUCCUCUCCCAGCCAUGCUAGCAGCGAGCAAAUUGUCGCCCUUUCAUCUUACUGAGAUAGCAGCCGUCGCUAUCUUCGUCUAUCUUAUUGGAUUGGCAGUCUACCGCCUGUAUUUCAGUCCGAUCGCAAAGUUCCCUGGGCCGAGAUUGGCCGCUCUGACUUUGUGGUAUGAGUUCUACCACGACGUUAUACGUGGUGGCCAAUAUGUUUUCAAGAUACAAGAGCUGCAUCAAAAGUAUGGUCCAAUCAUUCGAAUCAAUCCAUAUGAGCUCCAUGUGAAAGACCCCGACUUUUACGAUGAGCUCUACAGUGGUCCAGGUCAGAAACGCGACAAAUGGGGCUGGGCGACAGAAAUGUUCGGAAAUAGUAGCUCUGGCUUCGGUACUGUAUCACAUGACUUGCAUCGCCUUCGAAGAAACGCACUGAACCCAUUCUUCUCGAAGCAAGCUAUCGGACGCAUGGAACCACUUAUUCGUGGCUUAAUCGAGAAACUAUGCGAGCGCUUCGAACAGUCCCAACAAUCCGGUGAACCCGUCAACACGUUACAUGCGUAUGCUGCCUUAACAAGCGAUGUCAUCACAGCGUAUUGCUUCGGUACUUCAUAUGGUUGUCUCGAUGACCCGUAUUGGAAAUGGGAAUGGCCCCAAGCCAUGGUGGAAAGCACUCGAGCCUGUCAUUUGAACAAACAAUUCAAAUGGGUGUUUCCUGCCCUGCAAGCGACACCAGAAUGGAUCGUGCAGAAGCUCAACCCUGCCGUUAUGCAGCUCAUAAACGUGCAAAAGGAUCUCGCACACCAAAUAAGCGACAUAAUGAGCGGUGUUCCGCGCAAAGACGAGGAGCAAAACAUCUUUCGCGAGCUGAUCAACGGAAAUCUCCCUACUGAGGAAAAGUCCCUUGCCCGCCUCGUCGACGAGGGCCAGACGAUGAUUGCAGCAGGCCAAGAAACUUCGUCCUUCUUCCUGCAACAAGCUUCCUAUUUUAUCUUGGCUAAUGCCGAGAUCCAUGCCCGACUCAAGGCCGAGCUGACACAAGCCAUUCCCGAUGGUACAUCGAUCCCACCGUUAGCUAGACUCGAGAAACUCCCUUACCUUCACGCAGUAGUGCAGGAAGUGCACCGCUUCUCACAUGGCGUUGUAGGUCGACUCGAGCGCGUUUCUCCGGACGAGCCAUUACAGUACAAGAAAUGGGUGAUUCCGCCGGGUACACCAGUCUCCAUGACUUCUCUGCUGCAGCAUCGCGACCCGUCAAAAUUCCCAAGUCCGAUGAAAUUCGAUCCUGAUAGAUGGCUGAAGCAGUCCGAUAACGGAAGGUUAGAGAAGUAUCUUGUUCCUUUCAGCAAAGGCACCAGACAGUGCCUGGGCAUCAAUUUAGCCACGGCAGAAAUCUACUUGACGCUAGCAACGGUGUUCCGAAGAUUCGAUAUGGAACUGUACGAGACCACGGGAAGAGAUGCGGAAAUUGUACACGAUUUUUUCAUCCCCCAUGGACAUCAGGACUCAAAGGGCGUCAGGGUCGUGUUCAAGUAGAUACUACGGCAAUGAGAGCCCUGAAUAUCAUUGCCACCAGGAAGUUUAGAGCUGCAACCUAACUUCUAUUUGCGAAAGAAAGGUGUUCUGUAUUUUGCUAUACAAAUGGCUCGUGUUUAGGACACAGAUAUUAUACCAAUAUCUGAUCCUUCAUCGGAAAGCG